AUGGAAUUGUCGAAUGAAAUAAGUUUUGGUCUCAAACGUCUAGCCAAUACGUCUAUUGUUAAUGAUGAAUACUUCGAUAAACUUAUUGUUGAAAUUUCGCUGUACUUGGAAAAUCCUCUUAGUAAUCAGCAUACUGUAGGAAUUCCUAAUACAGCACCCAGGAUAGACGCUUUAAAAGAAAGUUAUGCUGCCCUAGUUGUAUUUUUUAUUGAAAGUAUGCGAAGAAAUAUCGAUAUUGAAAGUUUAAAGAGUGUUUUGUCAGGACAUAAAUUAAAUGAUAGGAGAACUGAAAGGAUUUUAGAGUUGUAUGUUAAACAUAAGAAUGGGAUGCAGAAUGCUCUUCAACAAUUUAAUUCUGAUCCACCUAAUUUACUUGGAGUUUCUUGGAAACUCAACUAUUGUGUGAAAUCUUCGUUUUCGGAUUUCGAAGGGAAGUGUCUUUAUUUCAUUGAAUUACAAGUGGAUAAAAAGAAUCAUGUUUCAGAAACGAAAGAUUGUGAUGUUAUCAAAUUUGCUUGUACAGUUCAACAACUUCAAAGUUUAGUCGCUUCGUUAAGAGCUGCUGUACGACAAUUGGAAUCUAUAUCUAAUGUUUCAAAAUAA